AUGUGUAGUGAAAACAAAUCCAUAUGUGCUGAUAGUGAUUUAAAGGAGUCUCCUGCAGAAAAAGAGAACGAAGUUGUUACUUGUCUGAUGGAAGAUGACCAAUCUAAGGUGGUGGAAGAAGGAGAUGUUAGGACGAGAUCAGCAGAGGAUGUAAUAUUAACAGCGCCGAUGUCUCUGGAUGAAUCAGAAGAAGAUCCUAGUCAUUACAGAGCACCCAAUGUUCUCCGUCGCAUUCUCACUCUUUUGAAGUCUAUGCGCCUGCGACCUGGCUCUGAUCUCACACGCGUCCAGGUGCCGCCAGUUUUUAAUCUUCCAAAAUCGGUGCUACAGAGCUUUGGAGAAUCAAUUUAUUGCAUUGGUGAAGAAGAGUGCAUGGUGAGUAGAUGCGCCCGUGGGCCAACUUCACUCGAUAGAUUCAUAUCUGUUGUGGCGUGGAAUAUCUCAACCAUUCGCCCUUUUAAAUUCGGUGUUGCAUUCUAUAACUCCAUUCUUGGAGAAACUCAUCAUGUUUCUAGAGGAGAUCUCAACGUUCUUCUUGAGCAGGUUUCUCAUCACCCACCAGUAACUGCACUUCAUGCCACUAAUGAAAAAGAUGGUGUUUCAAUCAUCUGGUGUCAACGAAUUGUCCCAAAAUUCCAUGGGACUAAAGUAGAUGCAGAGGUGCAAGGAAUAAGGCAGUUACAACUUGUGCAUAGGGAUGAAACUUAUAUAAUGUCCCAUCCCAACCUAGAAUUCAGGUUCUUCCCCAUGGCAGGUGUCUAUUGGUCUGGAAAAUUUGCAGUCCAAUGUCUCCAAACUGACUUCGAAUGUGAGUUGAGUUUUGUUCGAAAUCCCUUUUUUCUUGGUAAUAAAUCCAACCAAAGUGGUAUUAAAGGUAAGAUAUUUGUCGCAUCGUCUAAGAAGACUCUUUUCGAAGUGAAUGGCCAUUGGGAUAGGACUGUCACAAUCAAGGACAUAACCAAUGGUAAAGUCUCGAUCAUAUAUGAUGCCAAACAAAUGUUGACGAAGCUUAAAACUCCUGUUGUAAAGAAUCCUAAGGGUGUAUGGGAUAGCGAAUCGGCAGUGGUUUGGAGUAAAGUGAGCAAGGGCAUUCUAAACAGAAAUUGGGAAAUGGCUGGGGAAGCAAAGUAUGAAAUUGAAGAGAAGCAAAGAGAGAUUGCUAAAGAAAGAGAAUUAAAAGGUGAAGUUUGGAUUCCAAAGUAUUUCAAUUUUUCUUACACAAAGGAAGAUGGUUGGACAUGUUCUCCCAAACAGGAAUCAGUACCCCCAGCUCCUAUCAUUGUUCCUAUAUAAUAAAUAUACAAUCCAGCCAUCCAGGUACUGCUAGUUUGAAAGGGUAACUGCUAGUUUGAAAUACUGUUAAGUUUGUAAUAAGGAAAUAAAACAGUUAUUGUAUGUUUAAAUAUAAAUAUUGUAUCUCAUCAUGUAAUAAUUCACCAAAAAUGUACUGUAAGGCCUAGAAAAUGUUUAUCCUACUAUUUAGUGUGUUCAUAUGUAAAUAAGAACUAGUUGUGGAAUCUAUCAAAGUUUGUGAUGUA